UACAAAACGAAGUAUAUAAAAAGAAAAAACCCUAACCCCUUGUCAUUUCUGCAUCUUCCUUAGCUCGCUCUUUGCUUUCACGGUCACACACAGCGCACGAACCCAACAUGCCUUUCAAGAGAUACGUGGAGAUCGGGCGGGUAGCUCUUGUCAACUAUGGAAAAGAAUACGGCAGGCUCGUUGUCAUCGUCGAUGUCAUCGACCAGAACCGCGCUCUAGUUGAUGCCCCGGAUAUGGUGAGGAGCCAAAUGAACUUCAAGAGGCUUUCACUUACCGAUAUCAAGAUUGAGAUCAACCGGGUUCCAAAGAAGAAGGCUUUGAUUGAAGCUAUGGAGAAGGCUGAUGUUAAGAACAAGUGGGAGAAAAGCUCCUGGGGCAGAAGGCUGAUUGUCCAGCAGAGAAGGGCAGCUCUCAAUGACUUUGAUAGGUUCAAGUUGAUGUUGGCUAAGAUCAAGAGGGGUGGAUUGAUCAGGCAAGAACUUGCAAAGUUGAAGAAAGAAAAUGCUGCUUAAGUGUUACCUGUUUAGAGACUUCCAAUUUUGUUAUCAAUAUGAUGCCAGGUUUUACUGGGAUGUUUUUCAGUUGGUUUUCAGUUGACUCCCAGAUUAAGAGCAGUUUCUAUACAUUUAAGAUUUUGUGGUCAAUUUCAUCUUGCUACCUUAUUUAUAUUUUGUGAUCUUGUUGCUA